AUGAGUUCAAAAGUCUUCUUAUAUUUUUUACCUUUUUUUAUAUUUCUUACAAUUUUGGUCGUAAAUACAAGUCCAGUUACAUCAAAGUAUGUUCCUAGUCCUAAUAAUCAAUUAAAAGAUGGAAUCACUUCGUCUCAUGAAUUUGCUUUUAAAAAUGAUAAAGCAGAGGUACAAGAAAUUGUAAUCAAUCCAAAUGAAAACCACGAAACAUUAUUCGUAGAACCAUCUCAAAUUGUUCGUCGUCGAAUCCAUCGUGUCCCAGGGUACAAUCGUCGUCGAGUUGUGCGUUUCCCAGGGUAUAGACGUCGUCGAGUUGUUCGCUUCCCAGGCCACAGACGUCGUCGAGUUGUUCGCUUACCAGGGUACAGACGUCGUCGAAUUAUUGGCUAG